GGUCCAGGACUCAAAUGAGGGAGUCUGCUGUGUGGGAAUCCAGCACCUUAGCCCGCACGCCACUUACCCUAGAGCCCCUUCUAAUACUCCAUGUCUUGUACUGUCUCUGCACACAGACUCCUGAGUGGGACUCCGAGUGCCUUACCUCCCUGCAGCCCCUCCCUCUUCCAACACCUCCAGCAGCUAAUGAGGCUCAUCUGCAGACUGCAGCCAUCUCCCUGUGGACGGUGGUGGCUGCUGUGCAGGCCCUAGAGAGGAAGGUGGAGGUUCACAGCCGGCGGCUCCUACACCUAGAAGGCCGGACAGGGACAGCAGAGAAGAAGCUGGCUAGCUGUGAAAAGACGGUGACCGAGCUUGGGAACCAGCUGGAGGGCAAGUGGGCCGUGUUGGGGACGCUGCUGCAGGAGUACGGGCUGCUGCAGAGGCGGCUGGAGAACCUGGAGAACCUGCUGCGCAACAGGAACUUCUGGGUGCUGCGGCUGCCCCCGGGCAUUAAAGGAGAUCUCCCAAAGGUGCCUGUGGCAUUUGAUGAUGUCUCCAUCUACUUUUCCACUCCCGAGUGGGAAAAAUUAGAAGAAUGGCAAAAAGAGCUGUACAAGAACAUCAUGAAGGGCAACUACGAGUCUCUCAUCUCCAUGGAUUAUGCCAUGAAUCAACCUGAUGUCUUAUCUCAGAUUCAGCCAGAAGGAGGACAUAAUACAGAGGACCCGGCAGGGCCAGAGGAAAGUGAGAUCCCCGCAGACCCCAGUGAAGAGCCUGGACUCUCAACAUCGGAUAUAUUGUCUUGGAUUAAACAAGAGGAAGAGCCUCAGGCCGGGGCCCCCCAAGAGCCCAAGGAGAGCGACAUGUACAAGAGCACCUAUGCCGGUGCGUGUCGGAGCCCAGAGAUGCUCACACCAGAUGAAGAGCUCGUCAUCAAAGCCGAAGGCCUUGCUAGAACUUCGUUGUGUCCCGACGUUCCCGUCACCUUCUCUUCUCCACCAGCAGCAGCCAAGGAUGCUUUUUCAGACAUAGCUUUCAAAAGCCCACAGUCUGCAUCCGUGACAGCUUUUGGACGACCGGCCACUGACCUGCCUGAAGCCUCUGAGGGUCAAGUGACAUUUACACAGCUGGGUAGCUACCCCCUCCCACCACCUGCUGGGGAGCAGGCCUUCUCCUGCCACCACUGUGGCAAGAGUCUCAGCCAGGAUAUGUUGUUGACCCACCAGUGUAGCCUCAGCAGCGAGCACCCCUUACCGUGCGCCCAGUGCCCUAAGCACUUCACUCCGCAGGCCGACCUCAGCAGCACCUCCCAGGACCACGCUGGUGAGACACCCCCCACCUGCCCACACUGCGCCAGGACUUUCACUCACCCUUCGAGACUCACCUGCCAUCUUCGGGUCCAUAACAGCACAGAGCGCCCUUUCCCCUGCCCCGACUGCCCCAAGCGCUUUGCCGACCAGGCCCGACUUACCAGCCACCGGCGAGCUCACGCAAGCGAGAGGCCAUUCCGCUGUGCCCAGUGCAGUCGGAGCUUCAGCCUCAAGAUCAGCCUUCUGCUCCACCAGCGGGGCCAUGCACAGGAGCGGCCAUUCUCUUGCCCUCAGUGUGGCAUCGACUUCAACGGGCACUCAGCCCUGAUCCGCCACCAGAUGAUCCACACUGGCGAGCGCCCGUACCCAUGCACGGACUGCAGUAAGAGCUUCAUGCGCAAGGAGCACCUGCAGAACCACCAGCGGCUGCACACGGGCGAGCGGCCCUUCAGCUGCGCUCACUGCGGCAAGAGCUUCAUCCGCAAGCACCACCUCAUGAAGCACCAGCGCAUCCACACCGGGGAGCGGCCCUACCCCUGCUCCUACUGCGGCAGAAGCUUCCGCUACAAACAAACACUCAAGGACCACCUGCGCUCAGGCCACGGCGGGGGCUGUGCAGGUGACAGCGACCCUUCUGGACAGCCGCCUGACCCGCCAGGUCCCCUCUUAACUGGGAUUGAAGCCUCUGGCCUAGGCGUUAACCCUGAAGGUCUAGAGGCCAACCAGUGGUAUGGGGAAGGGAGUGGAGGGGGAGUUUUGUAAAUUUCUCUGACUUCAUGGUCGUCUUUGCCACAGCAGAGUGGAAGAUCCAAGAGAGGCCCAUGAGCCUGUUCACACUCACAGCCGCCCUUACCUGACACUGAAUUCAACGCCCCGUACCCUUGACUGGUGGCAUGCUUGCUUUUUGGAA